AUGAUAGAAGAAAGACUGGACAGAGCUCUUGCUAACUCCGAAUGGUUGGCGUCAUUUCCUUUUGCUAAGUUAACUAAUCUUAUCGCAUCGCAUUCCGAUCAUAGCCCCAUUCUUUUGGAUUGUGAUCCGGUACAACAAGUUGAUUGGAGUUUUCAAUUUCGCUUCGAGAACAAUUGGUUACAUGAAGACGGUAUAGCAGAAGUGGUAAGUAAUGGUUGGCAUUGUGAGGAGCACAUUGAUGUGGUUAAGCGCAUCUUGACGUGUGCUGAAAGUCUUGAGAAUUGGAGCCGUAAUUUGCGAAGAAACAGGAAGGGAGAUAUGGAACGAUAG